GUCUGUGGUCCUGCUGGCAAACGCUGAAGAAAGCAGGGUAAUGUUUUGAGUUUGGAGACGAUGCUCACCUUUCGUAGAAAUCUCUGUGUAACGCUCACGCGUGCUCUCUGUGUGCUGUAUCUGAACGAUGUACGCAGCUGUUUUGGUGUCAUACUUCAUGAUUAGAAAGGGGCUCUGGAGCCGAGAGACCGAGAAUAACGGAACCCAGCUGACAGGCGGAUCGACCAUUGGACUGGUAGACACACGGGCGUCUGUUAUGUGUCAGAGCCGAGCCUUUGAAGCUAAUGGCAGAGGUAAGGGCUGCUCGAGGCUGCUUUAGACGUCCGAGUUGAAUGCAGGUGUGCCAGAGAUGGGACAUGAAACCUCACUGCUCCAAAUUCAUCCGCUUGAGCGAAGGAGGAUAGCCCCUCAGGCGAAAUAUCCUCGGAGAGAAAAAGGUUUGGUAAACGACGUUAUAGCGCUGUGAGGCGCACCGUUUUACGACGCUGCGUCCCGCUCCCAAACAGUGCCACUGCAGCGUCUGUUGGCCGGAGCGUAUUUCUGUUUCAUCACUUUGCAGAGAUGUCCUUUACAAUGGAGGAUAAUUUGGAAUCGGGGUGGGUAGCCGUUCGCCCGAAUGCGUUUGAGGAGAAAGAGAAGCAUAAAUUUGUUUUCAUCGUCGCCUGGAAUGAAGUGGAGGGUAAAUUUGCCAUUACGUGUCAUAACAGGACGGUGCAGAGGAGAAGCUUUGGUAGGGACCCUCCUGCCGAGGUGACUAGUCUGGAUGGGGACAAAACAAAAUGGCCCGAAAGUCCCGUCAGGGAUAAAGCAUCUAGCAAAGGAGCCAGUGAGGCUAAAGGAUGCAGCCCUAAAAUCAAGUCCGCAUCAAAACACAGUCCUGUCAAAAUUCAGACUGCGUUCAAACCCGCUGCCGCUCACGUUGGCCCCGACAUCGACGCGUUAAAAUCACUAAGAGAGGACCAGCUGUCUCCCUCACUGGACUGCCUGGACCUGGAGGAGCUGGACAGUCUAAGCAGGGAGGACUGCAGCUGGGCAGGACUCUUCUCCUUUCAGGACCUUCGGGCAAUCCACCAGCAGCUGUGCUCGGUAAACUCCGUCCUGGAGCCCUGCCUCCCGGUGUUUCCAGAGGAGCCGGCCGGGAUGUGGACGGUGCUGUUCGGCCCGGCGGAAGUAUCCGAAACAGAAAUGGACGAGCUGUGCUACAGUUUACAGGUGUACUUGGGUCACGCGCUCGACACCUGUGGUUGGAAGAUACUUUCCCAGGUUCUGUUCACGGAAAACGACGACCCGGAUGAGUACUACGAAAGCCUGAGCGAACUGAGGCAGUCCGGGUACGAGGAGGCGCUCAACCGAGCAAAUAAACAUCUACAUGAGCUGCUGGAGAAGCACAAGUCCAUGGACAGUAUGGUGGAGUUACUGGAACUAUAUGAGGAAGAAGACCAGGCCUAUGGAGGUCUGCUUGAGGCCUCCACACAGUUGUACCAGUACCUUCUGCAGCCCUUCAGAGACAUGCGGGAACUAGCCAUGCUGCGCAGGCAGCAGAUCAAGAUUUCCAUGGAGAAUGACUACUUGGGCCCGAGGCGGAUUGAAGCUCUAAAAAAGGAAGACUCUGACUGGCAGAAGAAGGCUCAGGAGGCCGUCCUCAAUAUCCAAGAGUUUACUGUAAAAUACUUUGAAAUCACUGCCAGAGCACAGAAAGGUGUGUAUGAGCGUAUGAAGGUGGACCAGCGUAAGUUUGGUAAGUCUUCGUGGACGGCGGCGGUGGAGCGCAUGGAGAGGCUGCGUUACUCUGUUGCAAAGGAAACCCUGCAGCUCCAGAGAGCCAGGGAGAUCUGUCUAGAACAGAGGAAACACACACUUCGAGAAGAGAUGCAGAGUCUGUGUAGCAGUGAGGACGCGAUGGCCCUCUUAGACUACAUGGAAACGCAGUACUAUGAGCUGCAGCUCCAACUCUAUGACAUCCAGGCUGAGAUACUACAGUGUGAAGAGCUGCUCCUCACUGCUCAGUUGGACAGCAUCCGUAGACAGAUGACAGAGCGUCAGGAUGAAGUGGUAUACUAUGACACCUUUGAAACUGCAGAUGAUAUAACAGAGGAUGAUACUGCAGAGAGAGAGGAGCUGCGCAGGCUUCAGGUCAGCGCUCGACAGCUGGAGGCAAGGAGGGGGCGCAUCACUGCCAAGCGCUCCUAUCUAAGGAACAAGAGGGAAAUUUGUGUCUCCAACCACACUCAGAAACAAGAGAAACGUCAGAUCCUCCAAAAGGAUCCCACAUCCCAGUUCAAAAAUGAAGAAGAGGAAGAUGAGAAAAAGAAGAGCAGCAGAGUAAGCCAGGAGAGGCAGAGAACUCUAGACAGACUACGCACUUUCAAACAGCGGUACCCAGGUCAGGUGAUUUUAAAGUCCACUCGUCUACGUGCGUCUCACACCACAAGAAGAGAGCGAAGAACCGCGGAAAUGAGUAGCUUGAGUGAGAGGGGGGAGUGUGUGGACUCUGUUUAUGUGCAGAAACGGGGUCAGCCGUUGUGUCUGAGUACCAGCGUGCAGACGGACCCUAGCCCCAGCUCCACACUCACCACUCAACCCACAACGGCACACAAUGCGUCACUUCCACCUCUGCCUGUGCCCAGUCCUGCAGACUCCUCCUGUUCUCCUUGCUCCUUGUCCUCACUGCUGGCGUCCCCUAUCUCCCCUCCUCCUCCCCCUCCCCCUCCCCCUCCACCACCAACAAGGGAGGAGUUGUCACCUUCUGGGAGCCCAGGGCGACAUGGGCAGAGGGCUGAGGGGAAAACUGCAUCAGAAGAGCUUGCUCUCUCCCCGCUAGGCCCAUUCAUCCCUCGCUUCUUUGACAGCAGUCAGCUGGUAAGCGCCCGCAAAAAGCUGAGGAAGACCCCAGAGUUUGACGUCCACAGCAGAAAAGUAAGCUCCCCCAUGGACGAGGUGCUCGCCUCCCUGAAGAGAGGCAGCUUCCAUCUGAGGAAGGUCGACCAGCAUUCCCUACCUCCUGCCAAGGGUGAGGAUGACCCCAACAGCAUCCUGGCUCAAAUUCGCAAGGGGGUCAAACUUCGCCGGGUCCCCUGCAAAGAGAGAAAAGACCAGGGAGAGUUCCCACCUUCCACUGACCCCCUGACUAGGAGUAUCCAUGAGGCGCUGCGCCGCAUCAAGGAGGCCUCACCAGAAUCUGACUCAGAUGAUGAUGGUUUGGCUGGCCAUGACUGGGAAAGCUAGGAUUCAGGGCCGAAUCGAUAACUCAGAUGACUUCACCCUCUGGCACUGCACACACUGUACUGUACUGCACUGUAGAGUGCUGCACUGUACUGUAAAAACACAAACAGUUAAUCACUCAUUCAAGCACACACAGCCCAGUCACACAUGUACCCAGUGACUAAGCCAAGGCCAGAGAGUCACACUAAUUAUCACAGACUCACCAAAUGCUUCAAAGGUCUAUGGUCAAUCUGUUUCCAGUUUCUUUUUCACCCUACAUUCACCAUCAUGAUGGUUAGUAAUUAUGUUUUUACUACUACUGUAGCUCCUUGUGGUUUUAUUCCUGUCACCAGACUGUACUGAUUCCAUGUUUAUUUUUUAUUUUUAUCAGAUGUACUGUUUCACCGACACACUGCACUGACACUUAUUUGCGAAACUGUAUAUGGAAAGUUAUAGUGCUGAGAGGUGUGUGAUCUUUUUUCACUCACCCUAGAGCAUGAAACAUUUGGUUUGUUGGUAAUUUGAGGACACAUGGGAGAUUGAAAGAUGUAAAGAAGAUUACGCGUUCAAACUGGGAUCGCUGGAUUUAAUGUCCAGAUUGUAAAUCAUUACAGUAAUCUGAUAUUUUUCAUCAAGUGGCAUCCUCAGACUGAGCCCCCUCACUAUGUUGCCCAUCUGGUUUUGUCCCAUUUCAUGUGAGUGUGGGCGUGUCUGACAGUAUAAGGAGCUGAGCUUGUCUUUAAAUCCUUUUCUCUGUGCCACCAGAUUUGUGCCCCUCCCUCUGCUCUUGUCCUCUUCCAGGCCUCACCACCCCCCAACUCUCACUGCCUCUCUGGGUGAGCGAAUAUGUAUCGACCCAUCUGUUUGACCGCAGCAGAUGGCUGGGUUGGUAGGAGAAAUAGAGACUGCAGUAAAUUUAUCAGUAGUAGUGCAGUAGGUUUAUCAUUAUUUGCCACGUCCAGCAGCAUCUCUAAUCUGAAACACCUAUGGUAGUAGAGGCUUGGACAAGGGGAUAUCAGAGUUUGUUCAGUGAGGUGGAGGUCACGGUUAGUGGUGCUUGUGGGCAGAUUUGCUUGGUGAUUCCCAAACUUCAUAUGAGGGAUAGUCACGACAGAACAGUGAAACCAGUCACGCUUGUUUGAGUGAUGGAUGGUACGUAGGAGGCUAGAUUCUCUCUGCGCUAUGGGGAGUCGAUGUGGGCUGUGGAGCAUUCGGCUGUGAUUGAUGCGGUUUCUCCUGCCAUCUUCUCCACUUUCUCUCCUCCACUUUAUUGCAUUUUUUUCAAAUUUCUUUCUCUGCAUUCGGUGGGCAGAAGAACACAGUAGGAGGCCUGUUACUCACAGUGCUGGAAGUGAAGAUAUGCACACAUGGACUCACACUCUAAAUUCACAGCCAACAAGUGCAAAAUCCUUUCAGUGACAGAAAUGGUUUGAGCACUUUGAUGAUACAUAGUCCAAAUUCAAAAUCACUUUAUCUGUAUAGGAACAAUUAUUAUGCUUUAAUCACUGGUGAAAAAUAUAUAUUUAGCUAAGUAAGUUUAAAAGCACUGAACAAACUUGUGGAAUUGGACCUGAAUUCAUGGAAUGAAUAAACAUAGCAAAAAGAUGUGGAUUCACAAAUGUAGAUCUGAGCUUGGAAGAGUUUUAGCAUGCACUGGUUUAAACAGCUUUAAUGCAAAAAGAUUGUGCUUUUUUUCUAAUAUGCUUCUGUUGGGAGCCAUUCACAGAUUAAUCACAAGGCAGAAAGAACAGGCACGGAUGUAUAUGUCACAGCGUGAAAGCAGCUGAGUUCUUGAGAUGGUUUGUUUUCCUGGCAGAGCCAGCCUGAGGCAUGUCUUCUGUCAGCACAACGUUCUUCCAUGGUACCCUCAUCAUGUAGCAUAAAACAGACACUGACCUGACUUUUAGCUUAAGCCUAACUCAGACCUUACCUGACUUCACAUCACUCUAACCACCCAGGACAAAGUUUCCCAUAAGAUGUUAGUGUUGAGGUUUAUGUUGCUCCUCUUAACCACGGUCACCAGUGUGUUCAAAACUUUUGGGAAAGCAGGCUCACACGGUGACACCUGUGAACCAGCUGUCUCUCACCUGACUGACCCAACUGUCACGUGCACUUACCUUUAUAUAUAAAUAACCUUGACACGGCUGUAUUUUUGCAUUUCAUUGCUUUGUUUGUAUCCUGUUUUUCUUUCCAAAGUGUUUCCAGCCAAAUCUUUUUUUUUUUUUCCCAAUGCGCUUGCUUCCUAUAAAGAGCUAUAAUCAAAGCAAGCUGACUACAUGAUCCUUUGUCUGAAUACCUGUCAGUCACUUGAGAAGUGCAAUAUCAAAAUAGAGAAAUACAAGAAGAGGAAAGAUUGCCUAAAAUAGUGGACUCACUAAACACUGCAGUUGUUUUUACACCAUAGUGUAUCGACAAACUGUUCCAAGAAUACCUGUUUGCCUUUUGUCCUAGCAUUUUCAUUUAUUCUGAUGUUUUCUUUUUUUAAUUUACAGUCUUGCCCUUGCAU